UUCUGUUCUUCAUGUCAUGUAUAAUACCAUCAAUAUGUGAUUUAUUAUAUAAAACAUAAUAUCAUAGCUUAUAAACAAGAAACAAAAUCUAAUUUUAAAUUUAUUCAAGACACUGAUUCAGUUUUUUAAAACUGAAACUAUUACAUUAAGUAUCAGAACAUGUCCGCAAGCAAAUUAGAUGCAGUCUACAGAAGUAUUCUCUUAACAAAGUUUUUUACGAAAGGUUGGGGUAAACCGGAGAAUUUACGCAGGUUAUUUGAGUUCAGAAAAGUAGUAUCAAAUCGCGAGGAAUGCUACAAAUUGAUUGAUAAAGAUUAUCCAGUUACUAUUACAAAAGAACAGAACUUCUCAGAUUGCAAAUUACUGGAAGGAUAUUUUUUAUCACCUUUGGAAAAAUAUUUACCUGGAAUAGUUCCUGAAGUUGCUCAGAAGGCUCACUUUCAAGCAUUAUUGCCUGUGCAUUGGCAAGAAAAAGGAUGUAAACCAGUUUGCCUUCAUCUUGCGGGCACCGGUGAUCAUUUUUUUUGGCGGCGACGAAAUUUAAUGGUGAAACCAUUACUAAAAGAAGCUGGAAUAGGCGGUAUUAUACUUGAAAAUCCUUUCUAUGGGCUUCGAAAACCUACCGAUCAAGUUCGUUCGUCUCUACAUAAUGUAUCAGAUAUAUUCGUAAUGGGCGGCUGCCUUAUCCUGGAGUCGCUGGUGCUAUUCCACUGGUGCGAGCGCAACGGAUACGGGCCACUGGGUGUCACAGGACUAUCAAUGGGAGGUCAUAUGGCGUCUCUGGCAGCAACAAAUUGGCCUAAACCCUUAGUUUUAGUACCAUGUUUGUCCUGGUCCACAGCAUCUGCAGUAUUUCUACAGGGUGUUAUGUCACAAUCAAUAAACUGGGACUUGUUGGAGGACCAAUAUUUGUCAGAUGGCAUCUACAGAGAGAAACUGUCUAAGAUGGUCACAAUAAUCGACGAGGCGUUCCUGGCCGGCAAAAAGUUUGCACAAACUUACUCUCAGAAAAUGGACAACACAGCACAAACAAACGCACAAGCAGAUAAAACUCUUUUGAAUAGUGUUAAGUGUAAUAGUACAGAAAAGAAACUAGAUAUUACAUACAAAGAAUCUAGUCGUGCCAAAUUAGACCCACCAAAUAUUGUAGAUGUUAGUAAAAAUUUAGAACUAAACAAUAAAGUGCCUAAAAAUGUUGUACGAUCGAAGUCGUAUGAAGACAUAGAAAAAUUAAAAGAAGAAUUAAAGAGAUUAUUAGAAGAGAAUAAAAUUACUAGGAUCUUGUAUGAGAAGCUGAUAUCGAAUGAUAAAUUUGAAUUGAAUCCAGAAGAAAUUGAAAAUAUUAACAAGUUAAAUGAAGAGAACAUUAAAGGAAUACUACUAAAAUGCAAAAUGGAUACUCUAAAAAUUGAUUCCAGUGAAGCACAUCAGCCAUCACAGAAUACUACAGCAUCAGCUAACGAAACAAUACAAACAAACAUAUCCACUGAGAUUGAAAUUCAAAAAAGUCCAUCCAUCGAAGAAAAACCUACUACUAUACAGAAACCAGAAAUGAAGGUAAACAUAUUAGAAAAAGAAGGCAAUAGCAAACCAGAGAAAAAAUCCUGGAAUGUCUCAGACUUGACUUCUGACUUUUGGGUAAAUUUGCCAUUCCUGCGAUCAAGUGGAAAGAAGAUUGAUAUAAACAAGAUCCAUUGGAGGGACAGAGAAGCAUUACAGUUUAUGAGAGGCAUCAUGGAUGAGUGCACACAUUUAAGUAACUUCUCUGUGCCAUACGAUACAUCAUUGAUUAUAGCCGUGUGCGCGAAGCACGACGCAUACGUUCCUCGCGAGGACGUCGGUCGGCUCGAAGAGAUCUGGCCCGGCGCUGAGGUACGAUACGUCGACGCUGGACAUGUCUCCGCUUAUAUACUUCACCAGUCACUCUUCCGGUCCUGUAUAAAGGAAGCUUUCGAGCGCUCAAAAAAGAAAUGGAUAGAUGGUAAACACAUUAACUGACACCUGUAUAUGUGAGAAGCCUGUUUAUUGGCUUCUUUAUAUCUAAUGUGAUGUUCCUGCCAUUUAGUUUGCUCAACGUUAACAAGGGAAUUGUAGCAACAGUGUUUUUACUAUAAUCAUGAAUUAAAUUGUCUUAUGAAUUCUAUUUAAUUUCUACUAUUUAUUAGCUAAAAUUUACUCUUUAUAUAAAACACAAUAUUUUGCACAAGUUGCCCAUUUAGAGAAAUCUAGUCUGUUUUCUUAAAUAUACUUCAUAUAGACAUGAAAUAUAAUUCAUAUAUUUUUUCAUAUACAAUUUUGAUGUUCUGUAAUUUUUGCAAUCAAUAUCAUCGAGCAAUAGUUUGUAGUAUUGAUAAAUAUUUAUGUAUUAUAAAAAACGUUAAGGGAAUUCUAUUAUUAUUCCUUCUAUGAAGUACAAAAAUGAGUUUAUAAACUAGGAGUGAUAAAUUUACAAUCGUGCAAUGCUUUUAGGUACUUUUUAUUACCGACUCACAUGUAUAUAAGAUGUUAUUCUCUAUUGAGAUUAUUGUAAAGUGUAACUAUAUUUUU